AUUUAUUUGUGCACAGCCACACAGAAAGUUUGGUCACAUGAUAUGUUCACCUGACAAAAUCACAGUUUUCAUUGAGGAAUUCUGACGAAUUGUGUUUUCUUAAACUUUGUUCUCUCCUAAAAGUGGUUUAACAAAAAUUAAAAAAAUGAAAAUCUGUGGUCCCAAGCUAUCUCUUUGUGGUCUUAUUAUCUCUGUUUGGGGUAUUGUCCAAUUGGUUUUAAUGGGUCUAUUCUUCUACAUAAAUAGUGUAGCCCUCAUUGAGGACUUACCUCUUGAAGAGGAAUACCAUUCGUUGGAAGAUUUUUAUGCAGCUGCAAAUAGAGCAUACAAUCAGUAAUUUUUCUUUUUCAGAAUGCCUACAACUGCUGGAUUGCCGCAUGUAUCUAUGUUUUGACUUUGUUGCUCUCCGCCCAGCAAUUUUACAUGAAUAGCAGAGUAACUGCUAACUAAUAAUUUGAAAUGUAGUUUCCCAACUACUUACAACUAGUAUUGAAAUUUUUCCUUCGAUAUAUUUGUUAGAGGUGUUUUCGUUUUAAUAAAGUUAAAGUUCAGUUUAAA